AUGUCAAUGAAGGGUUCAGCCGGAAACUGGUUUCGUAGCUCUGUUCAUGCUGACAUGGCUACCAUCUCUUGGGCUCAGUUUGUGGCGAGAUUCAGAGCUUUCUUCUUGCCGUUUUCAGUGACAGAGGGUCACAGAGACAGAUUGCUUUCACUUACUAGGGAUGAUAGGUCAGUAUCCGAGUACACGACUGAGUUCGUGAGGUUGGGUCGGUUCGCGCCGGACUUGCAGACAGAUCAGGAGAGGGUGAACAACAGAUACGUGAAAGGCUUAGGGCGCGAUUUUGUGAGUUUGCUGACCGAGACACGCAGAGAUUUUACAGACGUAGUAGACAGUGCUCGGCGUAUGGAGAGCUCGUUACUGCAGUUUGGGGAUAUUUCUGGUCCUUCUCAGACCAAGAAGUCUUCUGGCCCUGGACAGCAGAGUGGUGGCGGUAGCUACCAAUCGGCACCUUCUCAGUACAAGAACAAGAAGAGGGGUGUCAAGAAGAGUUAUCAGCCGUACACUUACAGUUCAGGCAACAGCGGUAGCAACCGCAGUUUUGGGCGCGGUAACAGCGGAGGUGCUAGUUUUCCUUUCUGUCAGAACUGCAGACGUCGACAUCCAGGCGAGUGUCGUUUAGCACCAGGGGGUUGUUUUACUUGUGGCCAGCCGGGUCACUUCGCCAGAGAGUGUCAGGCAUCUGGACAGCAGAUGUCGGCAGCUAGUGUCGCUCAGCCAUCCUAUCAGAGUCAGAGACCAGUGUUCUCUGCACCAGCAGGGUUUUCUCAACCUGCUGCUUCUUUUGGUGGCCAGCGGGGCCGAGGUUCUGGAGGGCGUGGUUUUGGAGGCCGUGGCAACGGCGGUAGAGGUUCUAGCAGCUAUGGUACCGGGCAGAGCUCUCAACAGCAGAGUCAGGGUCAGGCCAGAGUUUUCGCCUUGACUCCUCAGGAUGCUCAUGCAUCUAACGCAGUGGUGCAAGGUACUCUUCAGAUCUCUUUCGUAGAUGCACUUGUUUUAUUCGAUGCGGGUGCAACCCAUUCUUUUGUGUCUACGUGUUUUGCUGCUAAGUUGGGUGUAACACCAACAAGUCUGGGUGAACCUUUAUCUGUUUCUACUCCUUUGUCUGACUGUGUGGUGGUGGAUGUUGUGUAUCCAUCGUGUUCCGUGGUUAUCCAUGGAAGGGAUUUGCGUGCUGACUUAGUUGUUUUGGAUGUUCUUUCAUUUGACGUGAUUUUGGGGAUGGAUUGGCUGGCACGCCAUUAUGCUUCGAUCGACUGUCGAGGGAAGUCGGUUGAGUUUCGGAUUCCAGGUGAUCUACCCUUUUCUUUUCAAGGGGAAAAGGCGGAGACACCGAAGAAUCUGAUUUCUGCGAUCAAGGCAAAGCGGAUGAUGAGUAAGGGUUGUCAAGCUUUCUUAGCUGUGGUUCGAGACAUGGAUGCUGAGGUGGGCAGUAUGAACACUGUCCCUAUAGUGAAUGAGUUCACUGAUGUUUUUCCAGAGGAGUUGCCUGGAUUACCACCUGAUCGGGAUAUCGAUUUCUGCAUUGACGUUGUUCCUGGAACUGGUCCUAUUUCGAUACCGCCGUAUCGGAUGGCUCCUGCUGAGCUGAAGGAGUUAAAGGAGCAGUUACAAGAACUUCUGGGGGAUGUCGAUGUGCCUAAGACUGCUUUCAGAACGCGUUAUGGGCAUUUCGAGUUUCUGGUCAUGUCGUUUGGGUUGACUAACGCACCAGCAGCGUUUAUGGACAUGAUGAAUCGGGUUUUCAAGCCGUUUUUGGAUCAGUUUGUUAUCGUCUUUAUUGAUGACAUCCUGAUUUAUUCUCGGAGUGAGGAGGAGCAUGCUUAUCACUUGAGGACUAUACUACAGACCUUGCGAGAGCAUCAGUUGUAUGCUAAGUUCUCAAAGUGCGAGUUUUGGCUGGAACAGGUUACCUUCUUAGGACACGUGGUGUCGAAGGAUGGGAUCAAGGUUGAUCCGAAGAAGAUUGAGGCGGUUAUGGAUUGGCAGAGGCCGAGGUCAGUUACCGAGAUCAGGAGUUUUCUUGGGUUAGCUGGCUACUACCGUCGGUUCGUGCAGGAUUUUUCUCGAAUAUCUGCACCUUUGACUAAGCUGACACAGAAGGGUGUUAAGUUUGAGUGGACCGACAAGUGUGAGGCAAGUUUCGAGAAGCUGAAGGAGAUUCUGACUACAGCUCCUGUUUUGGCGUUGCCUUCUGGCAUUGAGGGUUUUACUGUGUACUACGAUGCUUCUAGGAUUGGCUUGGGUUGCGUGUUGAUGCAACAUGGACAGGUGAUCGCCUAUGCUUCUCGUCAGCUGAAGAAGCAUGAGGUGAAUUACCCUACACAUGACUUGGAGUUAGCUGCUGUGGUCUUUGCUCUGAAGAUCUGGAGGCACUACUUGUACGGUGCGACUUGCGAGAUCUUCACUGAUCACAAGAGUCUGAAGUACAUCUUUGAUCAGCGAGAGUUGAAUCUGAGACAGAGGAGGUGGCUAGAGUUGCUGAAAGACUACGACUGUACUAUUCAGUAUCAUCCUGGUAAGGCUAAUGUGGUGGCCGAUGCAUUGAGUCGCAAGUCUUCGGGCAGCUUAGCCCAUAUUUCUGAGGUUGGACGUAGACCCAUGGUUCGAGAGUGGCAUGGUUUGAUAGCUUCGGGCUACGGUUUUCAGGUUUCUCAGAACGGGAGUUUGUUGGCACAUCUGCAAGUGCAGCCGGUUUUGAUUGAUAGGAUUAAAGCUUUACAAGCUGAGGAUCCACAAUUGAAACGAAUUAUGGACGAGAUCCAUCUGGAUGGGAAUUCCGAGUUUGUUUUUGUUGACGGAGUUCUCAGGUUUGGUUCUAGACUGUGCGUUCCGGAUUCAGAUGGUUUGAGAGACCAGAUUCUGGAGGAAGCGCAUAGAUCAGCCUACAGUGUUCAUCCGGGAUCUACCAAGAUGUACCAUGACCUCAAGGGUACGUAUUGGUGGAGCGGAAUGAAGAAGGAUGUUGCAGAGUACGUUUCCAAGUGUCUGACUUGCCAGCAAGUGAAGCUGGAACAUCAGAGACCUUUUGGCUAUCUACAACCACUACCUAUUCCAGAGUGGAAGUGGGAGCGGAUUGCCAUGGACUUUGUUGUUGGUUUACCACGUACUCGACAGGGGUACGAUUCCAUCUGGGUGAUAGUUGACCGUAUGACCAAGUCAGCUCAUUUCCUUCCGAUCAAGGUUUCGUAUCCUGCUUCGAAGUUGGCUCAGUUGUACAUCGACAGGAUUGUCAGUUUGCAUGGUGCCCUUGAUUCAGUGUUAUUGUUUGAGGUGAAUGAAGGAUUUGAGUUUGAUAAUCUGUGUUGCUCAAUUGAAGGUGAUGGCUAA